AUGCCAAACGCCGCCUUUAAGGAGUCGUUGUCACCACCUACUGCAGCCGAUGUUGCCGUUCCCCAGAAUCCUUGUUCUAUUGACCGAUGGGAGAAUAUCAAUCUGAUAAGAAUUCGACUUCUGGCCCUCGCUCAAAUAAGCUUUUUGCUCAAUCUCAACCGCUUCGCUCACUUCACUUACUUCCCUAUUAUACAUCUUCCCAGACGGAGAUCAAAAAGAAAGAGAACAAAGAAAAGCAAGAGUUUCAGUUUUCCCGUUCUAUGGCUGAUUGUUGAAUCCUCUUUCUCCCUCAGAUUGCAGUGUAGCUACUGCAGCUCUGCAGCUCAGUAUUCAAUCUCUUCUUUUCUUUGUCUUCUUCGUAACUGUUCACCUGUCUUUCAAGAAACUGCGUCUGUGCUUCACCUUCUCUCUGAGAAGAACUUUACACCCCCUUCGAUCCUGCCUGCUAAAUUGGGGGAAGAUAGAGAAAGGGGAGCUGGCUUGACCAAUAGACGCCUCGGGGAAUGGUAUUGGAGCUGUAUUAUCACAAGGGAACCUCACCCCGAAGUCCUUGCCUUGACUCUCAAUCCGUGUGGAAACGGAACGAAGGCUCUCAACGGAACUUCACUCAAUUAG